UAAAAAUAUAACUAACUUAAUUUUAAAAGACAACUAACGCCCCAAGUUUUGUUCACAUUUGUGAGCAGAUUAUACCUGUACCUCUAUACCAAUUCAAAUAUAAGAUUUUUCAUGUGUUGUAUGGCUUUGAACUCAUUACUUAGCAACUCUAAAAUCCAAUUUUUUUAUAUCUCAAGUGAGUGAGUGGCAUACUUAUUUUAUAGGAAUGCCAGGAUGAUUAAAUAUAAUUCUGUACAUAAAAUGCCUAAAGCACAGCAGGUGCUUAGCAAACAGCAAAUAUCACUUGAAGAAUGAGGUAGUGUUCAAUUCUCACUUUUAUUAGAAGAAAUUUAUUUAUGUGGCUCAAUCUCUAUACUUCUGGUGUCACAGUCAUAUAAAUCUCAGGACUGAGAAACGCAUAUAAAUGUUCUUUCAUGUGCUUCUGAUUAAUUUUUCUUGUUGCUGUGUUGAACAUUAUAAUUUCUCAAAUGUAUGUAUCUCUGCGCAUUCACUACAAAUUGAACUCAAUGAAAGCUAUGAUCUGCUAUGAAAACAAGUUAUAUGGUACCACGUGUAAAAUUAUGUAGUUAAUGGAUAAAGAAAAUUUUCUCAUUUUGAUAAUUUAAUUCUGUUUAAACAUCACUUUUUAAUAAGAAUGUGGUUAAUCUUUUUGUUUCUUGUUUUGAAGGAGGCUUAGUCCACAACUAUAUCAUAUAUUAUACCCCUCCCCUCAGAAAAACAAAAACAAAACAAUAACACAAAAUGGAUUAUAUUGGAGUAUCUUAAUGACUUUUUUGAUGAAGGCAUUUCUAAUAUCAUUAUACAGGAAAUACAAAAGACAUCAUAAUGAUAUAUGAAGAAGAUGCUGAGGAAUGGGCUCUGUACUUGAGGGAAAUCUUUGUACGUAUUGUGAAAAGGGAAGCAAUCCUGUUAUAUUGCUUGGAGAAUUUCUCCCUUCGGCAUUUGGAAUUGCUGAACUUAACCUCUUAUGAAUGCAAACUUUUGAUAUUAUCAAACAGCCUGCUUAAAGACCUAACUCCAAAGAAGUGUCAGUUUCUGGAAAAGGUACUUGAUUCACCGGAAAGUGUAGUUACUAUGCUUUGUGGAGUGAAGAGUUCAGAUCAGCUCUAUACAUCAUUAAAUAUCUCUGGAAGCAGAUGGGAGAUCUCAACUGAGCAGGAGCCAGAAGACUACAUCUCUGUCAUCCAGAGUAUCAUGUUCAGAGGGUCUGAAGACUACCUUGAGGCGACAUUCCAACGAACCUGAGAGUGAAAUUCUAGGGAAAUAAAGACGAAGGAAAACUGAAGAAUUGCCGGAAGCUCCGAGAAGCACCGAACCACUGGCCAUGGUGCUUCCUGCCGAGAUUCCCUGUGAGAAUCCUGGUGAAAUAUUCGUUAUUUUGAGAGAUGAAGUCAUUGGUGAUACUGUGGAGAUUGAAUUUACAUCAAAUAGCAAGCGAGUUAGAACACAGCCCACCCUUUGGAAUAAGAAAGUCUGGUGCAUGAAAGCUUUAGACUUUCCUGCUGGCGUGGUCACCGUGGACGUCUACUGCGAUGGCAUCAUCAAGGCCACAGCCAAGGUCCAAUACUGUGCGGCAGCAAAGGCGACGGGACGCCCGCUGGGAGCGGGGCACCCAGGGGAGCGUCUGCGCCAGAAUGGCUUUGAAGAACUUGAUGGCGUUCUGACAGCCGUAUUCAAACAUGAGAUACCGUAUUAUGAGUUCCAGUCUCUUCAAACUGAAAUCUACUCUCAAAAGGAAUGUACACAUUUCAAAGAACUCCCAACUCUUCUCCACUGUGCAGCAAAAUUUGGCCUAAAGAACCUGGCUACUCAUUUGCUUCAGUGUUCAGGAGCAACCUGGGCGUCUAAGAUGAAAAAUAUGGAAGGCUCAGACCCAGCACAUCUUGCUGAAAGGCAUGGUCACGAAGAACUCAAGAAAAUCUUUGAAGACUUUUCAAUUCAAGAAAUUGGCAGAAAUGAUGAGCAAGAAAAUGAUUAUGAACAGGAUAUUUUCUCAUUUUCUACAUAUAUUCCUUCAGGGACAAUGGUAAGCAAGGACAUGGAAAGCAGUCAAACCUGGUGUGAUCGUGGCAUAAGACAAGAAACAGGAGAUGAGCCAAAAGAAGAAGAAGAAAAGAAAGACGAAAAGGAGCAGGGAGAGGAGGAAGACCCGUACACUUUUGCUGAGAUUGAGGACAGCGACUAUGACAUGAUACUGGCCAGUAUGAGUAUGAAGAGAAAAACUGGAAGUCGGUCUUUCAUUAUAAACAGACCUCCUGCCCCCACACCCCGACCCACAAAUGUGCCUCCAAAAGAGAAAACCACACCUUACAUAGCUCAAGUGUUCCAAAAAAAGACGCCCAGAAGACAAUCUGAUGAUGACAAGUUUCAUGGUGUUCCUAAGAAACAAGACAGAGCCUGGAUGCAGAGUCUGACUGCGGGGCAGGAGGAACUCAUCCUCCUGCAGGAGAAAGUCAAGAAUGGAAAAAUGUCUGUGGACGAAGCCCUGGAGAAAUUUAAACACUGGCAGAUGGGAAAGAGUGGCCUGGAAAUGAUUCAGCAGGAGAAACUGCGCCAGCUGCGAGACUGCAUUAUUGGGAAAAGGCCAGAAGAAGAAAAUGUCUGUGAUAAGCUCACCAUUGUGCACCAUCCAAGUGGUGAGGAAAUUGCCCACCAUGAAAAUAUGUCGUACAACGUGCCCUUCAGCAAUAAGCUUCCUGCUCGACUCCAAGCUGAAAAGGAAUUUGGUUCCUGUUGCAGGAAAGAUCAUUAAAGAAGAUUAUUAUAAUGAAACUCCAGAAUCUGCAGACAUUGUGCCUCUAGGGUGAAACAAGCUUGCAUUUGGAUUCCCUGCUCUCUCCAGAGCAAAUCUAUAUUAUGAAAGCGGAAGCCAAGACUCGAGUUUCAGAAGUUCAUAUUGCCACAAUUUAUUGGCAUUAUACCUGCUUCAUAUGAGUAUAUCAAUCAUAAAACAAUGCCAUAGAGCAAUCACGUUCUUUGAAAAUUCUUGCAUUUUACAAUGCACUUUGCCAUUUGCUAGUUCUCAUUUUGAAAAAUAAAAGAAAACAGGAGCAGAGAACUUAAA